UGUUUUUCUUGGCGAAAGCAUAAUACAAGAGUAGGGAGUAGGAAAAUAAAGAAAGGCAUAGCACGGCUGAUGUCGGAAAUGGCGGAGAUCAGUAAGGAGCAAAAGAGCAUCGCGGAGGGACAGAAACAAGUGCGAAAGAAGUACGAGGAGAUUAAGAGGGAACGCGAGCAACUGUGGAAGGAAACAGAGCUCAUUGCGCAGCAGAGUCAUGGUAUCCGAGUUCGUUUAAAUUUAAUGUUCCAAAUUAUGAAAGCGAGAGUUGAGAGAGAUUCUGCCAAAGUAGCUCAACUCACUUUACAUCUCAGGGACUUGAUAGCGAAGCCAAAAGAAGAAAAAGAAGUGUUGAUGGAUCCAGAUGAAAGUAAUAAUCAGGCCUAUGUGAAUUCACUGAUAAAGAGACCAAGUUGACUGAGGGAUAUAUAAGGAAAAUGGGAUAGUAUCAAUAAUGUGUGUGUAAUUUUGGCAUGCCUUUGCCUAUUUUCUGGCUCUGUUUGGUAUUACUCUUGUUUAACGUUUAUUAUUUUGGUUUUC